GUAACAUUCUUACUUAAAAAUUACCAAAGUUCGUGCGCGUGUGUGUUUAUUUAUAUACAGGCGCUGCGACUGGAGCUAAAUUGGGUCCUUCGUGUUUAACGUGUGAGAUGAAAACUCCUUACUGUGAUAGCUGUUGUGCCUCAGACACGUUGUGUGCCUUUGGGUAACUGUGUUUGCUUGUCAUGUUUAUAUUUAUCAAACGCAAAUCACAAUCGGAAUUUAGUAAAGCUCAAGAUGAGCUUAGAGACUUGUCCGUUUUGUGGAAAGGCCUUCAAAAGGCUCAGAUCUCAUCUUCCUCACUGCAAAAUGUCCCCUGGCCUCAAGACUGUCCAAAUGACUGAUAACACACUUAAAGAAACUCCAGAUCCUACUUUUAAACACACAGGUGACAAGGAUAAGACCUGUAAGUUAAAUACUGAAACUAGGUUGAGUUACCAGAAAAUACAGGUAAAAUCCAAAUCCCCAAAAUUUGAAAAGGUGAGCGCAGAUAACGAAUUUUUACAAAACUCAUCACAAGUCACGAUCACAAGCACUUCAUCUAAAGUUCCAUCGACAGAAACAGCGAUCACAAACACUUUAAAACACAAAAGCAAGUGGCUUGCUAAAAGAGAACAGGAAAAAUUAAGAAAAGUUAAAUUGCAAACACAGACAAGAAUUAAAAUCACUGGAGUUUCUCAGCAUAACAGCAAAAUAUAUGAAAACCCUGUUAAUGAAACACCAUUAUUAGAAAAAGAAGUCAAUGGGCAAAAAAAGGUUACGAGAACCAGUUUGACCUCUUAUCUAACCACCAACAGCAUCGACCGCCCUGUUUCAGAGCUUUUACAAAGUGGUCCAUGGACGACACCCUGCCAGCCUGAGCAAGAUGUGCCACAGUGCCAAGCAAGUCCGGAUGCAUCAGAGCAGAUACAAACCAGCCCAAAGACUUGGACCAACGAAUAUUCUUCGGGGUAUGGAAUAAAAUCGAAAAAUUGGGUUGUAUUUCAAACCAAAACUUGUGUGUGGGACCACAUUAAACAAGGACUUUAUAAAAAGAGACAUGAUCAUUUUCAAGUGUCAUUUCCCGUAGAUUUAGAACACAAAGUGCCUUUAUCUAAGUGUGUAAACACUUUUGAGUUUGUAAUCAAGCCAUAUACAGGGAACGACCAAAAUGCUACUACGAAGACGUCCCCAGUACCGUUGCCGAUUUUCCAAACCUCAGGACAAAAGCAAGUUGAAGACAGGCUCAGUUCACGAUUGCAAAACGUGCCUGUUAUGGGAUACUCACCUGAUAUGGCAACAGGUUAUGGUGGAACAUUUUUCGUCUCAUCUCAUUCAGAAAUCUCCACUAAUGGGAAUUUUUUGGAGUACCAAACCCCCAAGCCUUCAACACAGAGUCAAGCUCCGGUGACACAGCUGAGACUUGGAGAUGUGCGACUGAAUGAACUCGCAUCUUGGUACGGUGCUCACUCACCAAAAUCACCCAAAGAAGCUUUGACAAUCGUUAACAAAGGUUGGCAGUGGUAUUACAGGAAGUACAUUGAUGUACAGAAAGGAGGGUUUGGUGGGAUUGCAAUGUUGAUUGGUAGCUACUGUGUCCUGAGUUACAUUUGGAAUUACCCAAAUAUCAAGAAACACCGGUGGAGAAAGUAUCAUUAGAAUAUUUGGUGGAUGUAUUUAACCACAAUUAUUUUUCAUUACCAUCAGUAUUUGGAAGAAUUCUUGUUUGACCCACAGUGACCUCAGAGUAUUGCACUAUGUGAACUGCAGUAUUUUCAUGGAAAAGAUGUUUUAUAAAGUUAUUUAUUUAUAUUUAUUUUAAAGCAUAAUCAAUUUCUGUUACAAAGUUUGAUAUACAAAAGUAAGUGUGAAGAAAUAUAAAUCCAGACUGCUAUUUAAGUAUCAGUGUAUAAUAGAGUAUUACUUAAACACACCACCCUGAUGUACGUCCAAACCACAGCACUUAGUUAAUAAAUGCUAAAACAUUCAUGGCUUCAUCACAGGUAACACAAACUUAACUUUCCUUGAGGAAGAAAUAUGAGUGAGGGGUUGAUAGAGGGAUGAAUCUUUGCAUUGUGCAACAGUGACAAACAGUUUAUGUUCAGAAAUCACAUUUUUGUUUUUGUAUGUUUUGUUAUACAGCACCCUUCACAAUUAUUGGCACCCUGGUCAAGAUGUGUUCCUAGGCUUCAAAUAAAUAAAUUUUCCAUUUAAACAAUACAGAACCACAAAAUUUGAAAAAGCCAACAUUUAAUUGAAGUUCAGUUAUUAAGUGGGAAAAGAAAUCCACAUUAAGAAAAAUAUAUAUACAGUACUGUGCAAGAGUCUUAGGCACCAUAUUAUAUGCUGUACCAAUUUUGUCAUAUAUGUUUAUCAUGUCUGCAUAAUUAUGUACAAAAUAAUUCAGUAUUUCCAUAUACAACUUAAAAAUUAAUAAAUAAAUAACAUUACAGGAGAAUAUAUGCAUGGCAAGAGAAAAUAUAUAGUAGAAGACCUACAGUAUAUAGUACAGUUUUCAGAUGAUAACAAAAAAACCUAAUGUACGCUCCUGGGAAUUGCUAAAAAAUUGUUAGGUUUUACUGAGCUUGCUGGAGAAUGAGUUCUUCUGGUAACUUUGUCACACUCGCUCCUUUCUAUUUUUGCAAAUCCCAGGAGCGUACAUUAGGCAUGUUGAAGAGUGGGUAAGAGAAAUCGGCUUCUGUGUCACGUCAUUUUUAUACCACAGGGAAGUCAUGAAUUAUUAAUUAAAUGUUUCUAGAUACUUUGAUCAACUUAAAAAACUACAGUAAAAUAUUACAAAAGUGUUUUAAUUACAUUUAUUAUUUUGAAAUUGUUGGGAGGGGGCAAUAAUUGUGGAAUAGGUGAUUUUAAUUUAAAAAACCUUUUUUUUUCUUAUUCAUUCAAGUGAAAGGUUUAAUUUUUCUACAAUUUUCAGUGUGAGAUUAUGCUUCUGCAAUAGAAAAAUGAAUUCAUUAGAAGCUUUAACCAGGGGUGCCAAUAAUUGUGGAGGGCAUUUUAACACAUUUUAGACCUAAAAUGUUAAAAAUGUUGGACUUUUAUAUUCCACUUACUGUUUAAUAUUUGCUAUUUAAAUAGAUUACAAAUUAUUGCCAGUUUUGGUGUGGGGGUCUAAAGAAUGUGGGAGUGUAUAAAAUAUUUUAUUUUCAUAUAUUUGAAAGGAUUAUCAUAAAAUGCGUAUUUCAGGGAACAUGGAGGUGUCAGUAAUAUUAUUUUUAAGUGUGUUUACUACACAUUGAUCACAGUGGCUGUAAUGUGGUUAAAGAAAUAGUGUGAUAUUUAUACAGCAAAUGUUUCUACUUUUUAAAAUUUAAACACAAUAAACAAUGUUAUUCCACAAUCUCAGUAUGGUAGUACAUGCUACAGGGGACAGAUGUGCUAACUAAAGAAACAUAUACCACAAGUUAACUGUUGUAUUCAAAGUGAAUUUAAUAUUGAUUGAUCUUUUCUGUUGUGAGCACAAAUUAAACAGUAAAUCAA